AUGCCGGCACCAAAAGCCCCGGCGGUCGACGCGACAAGAGAGAAACGGUCUCUCGAGUCCAUCCAGUCCGCUGCACACGCACGAUACUGUGCCGCGAAUCCUCUGUCCGCCAAAGCCCACAAGACGGCAAGCGCCAAUCUCCCCGGAGGCAAUACUCGCACGGUGUUGUUUUCCCAGCCGUUUCCUCUCGCCUUCCGAUCAGGUGCCUGCAACAUGCUCACCUCUCUGGAUGGACGCUCUUAUGUCGACUUCCUCGGCGAGUACAGCGCCGGCCUAUUCGGACAUUCACACCCGCGGAUCCGCCAGGCCAUCGCGGGUGCCCUUGACCGGGGCUGGAAUUACGGGGCGGAGACGCUGCAAGAGAAGGAGCUGGGAUCGAAACUCACCCACAGAUUUGCCAGCGCAGGACUGGACUUGGUGCGGUUUACGAAUUCGGGCACCGAGGCUAGCACCAUGGCCAUCGGCACCGCGAUCGCCUGGACCGGGCGCAAGAAGAUCCUGGUCUUCAGCAAUGCAUACCAUGGCGGCACCGUCUUCUUCCCCAUGGACAUGUGCAUCUGGACCCACUCCAAGUCGUCGAGCCCUCCGCCGUGGAAGUCGGCGGUCCUCCCGCAUGAGUUCGUCCCGGCGCCGUUCAACAACAUUGCCGAGACCCGGGCGAUUGUCGAUGCGCUUCCCGGCGACAGUUUGGCGGCGAUCAUGGUGGAGCCUGUUCAGGGGUCGGGUGGCUGCCGUCCAGCCUCGCGCGAGUUCCUCCGGUACCUGCGCGAGACCGCCGACAGACUGGGUGCCUUGCUGAUUGUCGACGAGGUCAUGACGUCCCGGCUGGGCCCGUCGGGCCUUCUGGCCACACUGGGGCUGAAGGCCGACCUGAUGACCCUGGGCAAAUGGAUUGGCGGGGGCAUGUCAUUUGGGGCCUUUGGUGGCCGACGAGACGUGAUGAACAUGUACAAUCCCGCGCUCGGGCCGAAGGAGGGACUUCUCCAUCCAGGCACCUUCAACAACAAUGUCUUUUCCAUGUCGGCCGGCAUCGUCGCUCUGGAUGUUUUCAGCCCGGAAAAGGUCACAGAGCUCAACGCGCGCGGCGACCGCAUGAAAGCCGCCAUUACGCAGCGCCUUGUCGACGUGGGUCUCUAUCCUGCCGAGCACGAAAACUAUCUCCAAGACGUGCUCGAGAUGGAUAGUUUUCGUGGAGAUGGCACGACGGAAUUGUACACGGGCAACGAAAGCAGCGACGGCCGCCCGCUCCCCCUCCCGCUCCCCAGGGUCUUCAUUGCCAGCCGUGGAAGCAUGUUGAACCUCCGGUUCACCGGCCGCGAUGCGUCGGUGUGGCACAAUGUAUACUAUCACUUCAUGUUGGAAAAGGGCAUUUACCUUGCCAGUCGAGGAUACACGCCUCUCAACCUCUGCGUGAGCGACGAGGACGUCGACACGUUUGUGGAAGCAGUUGAGGAAUUUCUGGUCCUACACGUGCAUGACUUGAUAAGACUCAAUUCGAACCUGUGGCAGGAAAAAGAUUGUCAGUAG